AUGAUGAACACGCCUACGAUGAAAGUCCUUACCUCGAGCGAUGGUACUACAAUAUAUGCCGAAGCCAUCGGCGAUCCUCGUAAUCCCGCCGUUGUCUUGGCACAUGGAAUGUGCUUGUCGGCGGCGGCAUUUGAUGGCCUCUUUAGAGACAAACGGCUCCUGGACAAGCUGUAUCUGGUGCGCUACGACUUGCGAGGACAUGGUAGAAGCGGCAUGCCCGCAGGCAUCAAGGGCUACCGCUCUUCGCUCUGGGCCGAUGACUACGCCGCUGUUCUCAAGGCUUUUGGCCUGACAAAGAGCUAUGGAGCUACUGUUGUCGCGGAUGUCUGUGCGCACACGGAGUCGCAUCCCUUCAUUGGGCUGGUCUUCGUAGCACCGCUGCCCUACAUCGGACCAGUCAACGUUGGCACUCCCACUGUGCUCCGCCUCAUCCCUGGCCUGAUGAACACGACCGACGUCGCCCUAAGCUCUCGCACACGUGUGAAGUUCGUCGACUCGUGCUUUAACGAGCCCGUGGACUUCGGUGUCAGAACGUCACUUAUCGGGCAGACGAUUCUGCAGCCCCCGGAGGUUGAGGCGUACGUCUUAUCGCGCCCGCAGGAUCCGCAGAAGAUGUGGGAGGCUGCACGCGCAGGGCUGCCUCUCCUGCUGCUGAACGGGACGGAGGAUAAGCAGGUGUCGGGAGAGGCCGUCGUGAGGGAGCUUAGCCCGCAUUACACGAAGAUGGAGGUGCGGAUGAUCGAGGGCGGCAGCCAUGCCCUCUUCAUGGAGAAGCAAGAUGAGUGCGUUGAGGCGCUUCUGACAUUUGUAGCGCGGUUGACGGUAGGUGACGGUUGCUUCCCCCACGCUCUGUACUAG